AAUUAUUUUAAUUUAUCUUACAAAUUUGAAGAAAUUAACUCCAAACAAAAUAGUUAAAAUUAUGGAAAUAAACGAAUAGGAGAUACUGGAAUUUAGUUUUAAAGAAAUCAUCUAAUUAUUGCCAUACUUGUUUGAAGUUCAUUUAAUUUUAUUCUAGUCUCAGUACGAGUACGGCUCGACACGGUCUCGCCGUGCUGCGAACGUAUCUACUAAAGCUGUAUGCAAAACUGCUAUAAUUUCAAAGAUGAUUAGAAUUAAUUUUGAAUAAUUGAAAUUUUAAUCGUGAAUAUUUUAAGCAUUGAAAAAAAAUCAAUAGAAUAAAUUGUUGUCAACAUAAUAAUGCAUCGAUUUUUUAUAAGUAGAGCAUCUGCAACAGAACCAGUGCAGCUCUUUCUGAAGGUAUGACUAGAAAUUCCAGUAGCUAAUUGGCAAUAUUUCUUCAGAAUUGUAAAAAUGAAAGCCAACGUCACUAUAAGCAUUUAACAUAUUUGCAAACCAUCAGCUGUCAGACCAAUGAUAUUAGGCAUACCUAUACCCACAACAACAAUCUACAUCUUUCUCACCUUUUAUCAGAAAAUCUGUCACGCCGCUGAUAAUGAGCAGACAGUAGCACAGCCGGUCUUCACGAGCGCGCACGCACAACAAUAGCGAGCUUAGCGCACGAGUCUCGCGUUGUCGCGCCAAACGAGAUCCGGAUUUGGAAGAGCAAAAAAACGACUCUGCAAAAAAGUGAUCUUGCAUCCUGCGCGCUUGGAUCACUUACGAGUGCGACCUUGCUGCGCGCACGUUUUGCAUCGAGGUCUAGGAAGUGCUGCAUGACGAAUCUACGGUUACCAGUAGUGUGUGUUAAUGAUCAGUGGCUUUGACUGGUAGACGCUGUGCUGUAGAAAAUAGUGAAGAAUAGAGGCUUGAUUCUCAUCACGAAAAUAUUUCAUCGUUUCCAGGAAAAUUGGAAGAAAAAAAAAACAAAAUACGACACACAAGCCAUGUGGCGACCCGGGCCCACAAUCCAGAUAUUUCUGGGUAUCCUCAGCGGAAUCGUUCUGGGCCUGAGCCUCAAGUUCGGCACAGACCAGCCAUGGACCGAUCGACAGCUGAUGUACCUCCAAUUUCCCGGAGAACUUUUCCUGCGCACCGUCAACUGUCUCAUCCUGCCUCUCGUCAUGACGAGCAUCGUGAGCUCGAGUUCCAGCCUUGGCAAGUCCGGAAGCAUCGGGAGAAAAGCGUUAUGCUAUUACAUCACGACGACGACGCUCGGCAUAAUUCUCAGCGUCCUUCUGUCUCAGACUAUUCGUCCAGGCGAAUGGGGAGCCAAAGAGGCCAACGGAACGGACGUCUCGCCGGAAAUGCAAGUGAACUUCGUGACGGUGGACACGAUUUUGGACUUGAUUAGAAAUUUGCUACCGGAAAAUUUGGUCCAGGCUUGCUUGUCGCAGUAUCAAACUGUUUUAGUUAAGCCGCAGCUGAAGAACGUGUCAACGGUCGAAAAAAUGGAUAUCUCGGUCUAUGACAUGGAAAUAUCGCACGAGUACAGGCAGGGGACGAACGUCCUCGGUUUGGUGUUCUUCGGUUUGGUAUUCGGUCUGACGCUCGGGACGAUGCCCGACGAGCAGAAACAGCCGUUACAGGCCUUCUUCCACAGCCUUGCCGCGGCCACCGCCAACGUCAUAGAUUGGGUGAUAAAGGCAGCGCCGAUCGCCGUGACCUUCCUGAUAUCGAGCAAGAUUCUGCGCAGCCAAGAAUCCGGUGGACUGGAAGCCGCUCGAUUGGGAAUCUUCGUGUUAACGGUCUUCGCGGGUCUGCUCAUCCAGGCGUUCUUCGUCCUACCGAUCAUCUACUUCGUCUGUAGCGGCCGACGAUCGCCCUACAAGGUCCUCGUGAAAAUCGGCCCGGCCCUCGUCACUGCCUUCGGCACGUCUUCCAGUACAGCGACGGUGCCGACGACGAUAAGAUGCCUGGACAAGCUGGGCGUCGAUCGGCAGGUCUCGAGAUUCAUAGUGCCAAUCGGGGCGACGAUAAACAUGGACGGGAUCGCCCUCUACGAGACCAUAGGAGCGCUCUUCAUUAUGCAAAUGAGGGGACUCGACUUAUCUCUCGUUCAAACCAUAGCCAUUAGCAUCACUUGCACUCUGUCGUGCAUCGGCGCUGCUGGUAUGCCGAGCGGCGGCUAUGCCAUGCUGAUAAUGGUACUGAACUCUCUGGGAAUCCCCGCCGAGGAUGUAACGCUCAUUAUCGCGGUCGACACUUUCGUCGAUCGGUUCAGAACAAUGGUGAACAUCGUGGCCGACACUCUGGGAGCCGGACUCAUUAGCGUAUUAGUUAAGAAUGAAAGAAAGCAAAGCGACAACAAUAAAAUCUACGAAAUGGUGGAUAUAACGUACAGGCAGAGGGAUACUGAUUAGCCAAUUUUUUUUUUACUUUUGAUACAAAGUUGUUAAUUUAAUUCGUUAAAAUAUGUUAAUAAUGCAGUAUUCAACUUUCUCGAAGACAAUAUGUACAAAUGUCAAAUAUAUUUGUCUUCCAUUUGUGUAAAAUAAGUCGGUACAUUGUAUAUAUAAUAGUAUUUACACGAUAAGUUCAUGUGAUGAUAAGAUUAAAUACAAGUAAUUUUUGUAUUUACAAUUAUUAUUUUGUAAAGGUCAAUGUUUUUGUAUAUAAAAUUACAUGUCCGUUCAA